CCCACCCUGAGCCCGGAAGGUGGACAGAGCUUCAGCCAGAGCUCAGAGCUGGUGGCCCAGGAGGAACUUCAUGAUGGGGAGAAGCCCCACAAGUGUUUGGAGUGUGGGAAGAGCUUCAGACAGAGCAGCACCCUGAUCAGCCACCAGAUGAUCCACACUGGGGAAUGGCCCUACGAGUGUGGGGAGUGUGGGAAGGGCUUCAGCUGCAGCUCCGCCCUCGUAAUCCACCAACGCAUCCACACUGGGGAGAGGCCCUACGAGUGUCUCGAGUGUGGGAAGAGGUUUCAGAGCAGCUCCAGUCUCCUCCAGCACCAGCAGAUUCACACGGAUGAGAGGCCCUUCCGCUGCCCUGACUGCGGGGUGGGCUUCAAGCGCAACUCAACCCUCAUCACCCACCAGCGCAUCCACACUGGGGAGAGGCCCUACGAGUGUCCCCAGUGUCAGAAGAGGUUUCACACCAGCUCCGAUCUCAUCCAGCAUCAACGGAUUCACACUAAUGAGAGGCCCUUCCGCUGUCCUGACUGUGGGAAGGGCUUCAAGUGCAACUCCCACCUCAUCAGGCACCAGCGCAUCCACACCGGGGAGAGGCCCUACGAGUGUGGGGAAUGUGGGAUGAGCUUUAGCCAGAGCUCCAACCUGAUCUCCCACCAGAAGAUCCACACCAGGGAACGGCCCUAUGAGUGUGGGGAAUGUGGGAAGAGCUUCAGGCAGAAGUCUCUCUUGAUCUGCCACCAGAGGAUCCACACUGGGGAAAGGCCAUACAAGUGUGGGGAAUGUGGGAAGGGCUUCAGACAGAGGUCCCACCUGAUCAUCCACCAAAUGAUCCACACUGGGGAGAGGCCCUACAAGUGCCCUGAGUGUCAGAAGAAGUUUCACACUAGCUCUCAUCUCCUUGAGCACCAGCGGAUUCACAUGGAUGAGAGGCCCUUCCUCUGCCCCGACUGCGGAAAGGGCUUCAAGCACAACUCCACCCUCGUCACCCACCUGUGCAUCCACCUGGGGGAGGGCCUACGGCAGUGUCCCCAGUGUGGGAAGAGCUUCACCAGCAGCUCUCACUUGACCAGACACCAACGGAGGCACCAGUAA